GUUCUUAUAUUGUUGGAGGAAGAGAUGCUGCCCGUCAAUCUUGACCGCACAUGGCCUCGCUGCAAGUCCGAGGACGCCACAACUGUGGGGGGGCCCUGGUGAGAGGGGACUUUGUGCUCACAGCAGCACAUUAUGAUGAUUUGGAGGGAUAUGACAAGAUGGUGUCAGGAAGGAGAGAGGCAGGAAGGUGGAACAAGAGCAACGAAAAGGGCUCGACAUCUCUGCACAGAGCGUGUAUAGACGGUAACCUGAAGCAGGUCCAGUAUCUGAUGGAACAGCCGCGGACGCAUAGUUUCUGA